AUGAGAAAACAAGUAUUAUGUGCUUGUUCAUUUUGUCUAAAAGUGUCUAAUAAUGCUGACAAAUAUGUGAGCAUCUCUACUCGAAUGAGGCAUCAGUGGCAGGAAAAAGACUUUCGAAACACAUCUACUACCACUUUAUUAAUAAAUAUUCAAAAUUUAAAUAUAUACAGCAACAAUAUAGAACAUUGUAAUAGAUCAGAAAUAACAAAUCACAGUUUUAAUUCUUUGUCCAUGUCAAUAAAUCCUUCAGUGAUAAUUUUUAGUCUGUCAGAAAAUGAAUUAGGAUCAGAUGAUAUUGAAGAGAGUGAAUUGGGAUCAUAUUGCUUUGAAAAGAAUGAAUUGGAACUGGAUAAUUCUGAAAAAAUGGGAGAACAGGAGUCUUCGUUUUUUACAGCUUUUAAUAGUCUAGAAAAUAAUAAUCUUUGUGAAUUAGAGAGUAAUUAA